AUGAUUGAUUAAGAGAGUUUGCUAGCCGAACUAGGAUUAUUAGAUGAAAGGAAAUUAUUGCUGGAGUUGACAAUAUAACUUGGAUAAAAUGAACAUGACAUCCUAUUUCUAUAUGAAGGAGAUGAUAUUGGUGUUAAGGCUAGUCAAUUUUGUGAGAAGCAUCAUUUAAAGGAUGAAAUAAAGGAGGUUAUUGCUCAAAAUAUUAAGCUGCAUCUGAAUGAGAAGGAAAAUUAUUUUAGUUUCAUAAGCAACGUCAACACUAAUAAACCACUAUAGAAUUAAGCAAUCAAAUAAAUUAAAGAUGUCAAUUAGGAGAAGAAGGAAAAUAAGAAAGAAAACCUCAACAAAUCGUAGGCGGCAAUUAAAAAAACUGAUAUCUAUGAUAAAUAAGUCAAAUAAAUGAAUAAUAAGAACAAUGCAAUCUAAAAGCAAAGAAUUCUUAAAGAAGAAGAAGCAAUUAAAGAAGCAACAUUCAAACCAAGACUUAAUUAAAAUACAUUAAAAUUAAACAAUACUCCAGAAUAUUAUUUGUUGAAAUAUGGAUAAUAAUUGUAGGAAUAAAAAAAAAAGGCAGAAUAAUAAAAUUUAAAUGAAACCUCAAGAGAAUGUUCUUUCAGACCUGAGAUUAACAAAAUCUCUCAAAAAAUUUGUGAUGAAAUUAUCAAGAAAGAUGUCAGCAUGACUAAAUUUGAUUAAUUAUAUAAUUAGGCCAAAAAAAGGAAAGCUAAUGAUAAAUCUUCGACAUCUAUCAUUUAAGAAUCUCAAACCCAGUACUCCAAAAGAAGUGUCACACCAAAUAAAUCUUAAAAUAAGCAAUAUCUACCUUUUUUAGAAAGAAUGGAAAUUUAGAAAAAGAUAAAAGAAGAAAAGUUAAAAUAAGAGGUUGAAGAAUCUAUAAUGUAUGAUGAUAAAAGUGGAUAAAAACUAUUUCAACCGUAGGUCCAUAGUGCCAAUAGAAACAGAGGUGGACUCAGUAUCGGAGAGUACCUUUAUCAAUAGUAAAAAUCCAUAAAUGAUGAAUCUAUAAUACAACUUGAAUGUGAUGAUUUAAGCAAAUCAGUCUAAACGGAUAGAUCUAAUUAAAUAGUUAUAUAAAUGAGAAGAAAGAAACUAGAAGAGUAUUUUAAAUUAAUGGAUUCAGACAAUGAUGGAUUGAUUAGUGCCCAAAAUAUUUAUCUCGAAGAAUUACCUACAGAAGCCUUAGAACUGUUACAACCAGUUAUUUUAUAAUUAGAAAAGUUGGAUAUAUUUUUGAACACCGAAACAUGGACAGCAAAGUGUCUCGAUAUCAUUGAAAAAAUGAGUAUCUUUGAUAAAAAUCGCCUAUUUUAAAAAUAACCAAAAUAAUAAAAGACAUUACCUGAUGGUUCCAGUACUUUUAAACCUUAGUUAAAUCAAAAAUCAGAGAUUAUUGCAAAAUAAAGAUAAACUUUUAAAGGCCCAGCAGCCUUAUAUCAAAAGGCAAUGAAAGAAAAUAUAGUUAAAGAAUAAAAAAUAAAGCAUUUUAAAGAAUAGUAAGAAUAAAAAGAAGCUAAAUAAUGCACAUUUUAACCAAAAAUUAAAUUAACCAACAGAUCUACUACUAGCACAGGGUUUUAUUGA